UGAUCUUAUAAGCCACUCACUGAUUUAUUUUCUUGCCAUUUCAGAAAAAAGCCAAAGGACAAGAGCUAUUUGAUCAGAUUAUGUACCACUUGGACCUUAUUGAAAGCGACUAUUUUGGACUGAGAUUUAUGGAUUCAGCACAGGUAGCGCAUUGGUUGGAUGGUACAAAAAGCAUCAAAAAACAAGUAAAAAUUGGUUCACCCUAUUGUCUGCAUCUUCGAGUUAAGUUUUAUUCCUCAGAACCAAAUAACCUUCGUGAAGAGCUGACCCGGUAUUUAUUUGUUCUUCAGUUAAAACAAGAUAUUCUCAGUGGAAAAUUAGAGUGUCCCUUUGAUACAGCGGUUCAGUUGGCAGCUUAUAACUUGCAAGCUGAACUGGGAGACUACGACCUUGCUGAGCACAGUCCUGAACUCGUGUCUGAGUUCAGGUUUGUGCCUGUUCAGACGGAAGAGAUGGAGCUCGCUAUAUUUGAGAAAUGGAAAGAAUACAGGGGUCAGACACCAGCGCAGGCUGAAACCAAUUAUCUGAACAAAGCCAAGUGGCUGGAAAUGUAUGGGGUUGACAUGCAUGUGGUCAAGGCCAGAGAUGGGAAUGACUACAGCUUGGGACUGACCCCAACAGGAGUCCUUGUUUUUGAAGGAGAGACCAAAAUUGGCUUAUUUUUUUGGCCCAAGAUAACCAGAUUGGAUUUUAAGAAGAAUAAACUAACAUUGGUGGUUGUAGAAGAUGAUGAUCAGGGCAAGGAGCAGGAGCAUACGUUUGUCUUUAGACUGGAUCAUCCCAAAGCAUGCAAACAUUUAUGGAAAUGUGCUGUGGAGCAUCAUGCCUUCUUCCGACUGCGAGGCCCUGUCCAAAAGAGUUCUCAUCGCUCAGGAUUUAUUCGAUUAGGAUCACGGUUUAGAUACAGUGGGAAAACUGAGUAUCAGACCACUAAGACCAAUAAAGCAAGAAGAUCAACAUCCUUUGAAAGAAGACCCAGCAAACGGUAUUCUCGACGAACUCUGCAAGUGAAAGCAAGUACCGGAAAACCUGAAGAACUCAGUGUUCACAACAAUGUUUCAGCUCAGAGUAAUGGUUCCCAACAGGCUUGGGGUGUGAGGUCCACUGUGCCUGUGAUUCCUUCUGUUCCCGCUGGUCCUGUGGUCGCGGAGGUCGAGAAUCUUCCAAGGAGUCCUUUAACAGACCAGCGCGACAAGAAAUGGCUCUCGGCUGCCGGUGAUCGCUCUCAACGUGGUGGAAACCAGUGGGACACAAGGGCCUUGUCCCCACCCCAUCCUGCACCUAGAAACUACCCUGCCUUUGUCCAUGAGCACAAUGUGAAGAAUGCAGGAGCCCAGCAGAACGCUCAUUUCCCUGGCCCUGCAGCCAUGACUGACAUAUGAGUGUUGAGCCUCUUGGGCACUGGGACUCUGUUGUGCAAGUUGACGGUAUACAUUUCUAGAGUUUAUAGAGGAUCAGUGACAUUAAGAAAAUUUGCGAGAAGAUAUUUUACAUGAAAUCACUCAUUGGGUAGUGUUGUUUGUAAUUGAAAUCUUCUGUGAAAGGGAAAAGGAUCUGAAGAAGCUAGAUGCCAUCAGUGAUAGUGACAAAUAUUUUUGUGUUGCAAAGGGUAUUUUGGAAAGAUUUUCUGUGAUUUUAAUAUGUUAACACAUCACUUAGAAGAUGUUUCAGGAGAAGAUUUGUGUUUAUGAAUAAACUGCCCAUUAUCACCACAGCCUCCAUGCAGCACCAGUAGAUGGAGGUGAGAAGAAUCAGUCCCACUGAAAAUGCACACAGAAGGGAGCAUGUCCAGGCCAGGCGGAUCAGCCUGUGGCGAUACUUUUAUAGACUGCUCUUACACACUAUCUUUAAUACUUCCAAAGUGACCCAAGUCUUAAUUUCAGUUGAGUGCCUGAGCUUCUAUUAUUUAAUUACUGUUUAAAUCAAGUUUAAAGCUUACUUUUUAAUAAACACAAGUAUUUUAAAUUAGCAGAAGGUCUAGAAAUCACUAUAAUGUGCCUCAUGUGAAGAGAGGCAUGUGAAUGGUUACUUUGCAUGAUUAACUGAAUCGAUGGUGAGCUUGAAUGGUUAUAUUACUACUGAAUGAUUGUACACAUGGAACAUGUAUUUACUUUUGCCUUUUCACUUUUCUCUUUUAUCUCACGCAUCUGAUAGAUUUCUCAGGUUUGCAAACAGGCUCAUAGUCUGGCCUUGCACAACCUCUAAAAUAAAAUUCUGAAGCCAAAACUAUAUCACUUUUAAUACUUAAUGCAUAUCACUUUUAAUCACUUUUUGCAUAUGUUAUUAUUUUUGGUCCUUUUUGAACUUCAGAAUGUAAUUGUGGUCUUUGGUUUAACUCAGAGAGGCAAAUUAACUGGAAGAAAUAUAUUUCUGAUGUAAUGGGAAGUGAUGUAAAGGGAAGAAUUUCUUUUGUCUUUUUAGAGUUUUAAAAAUUUAAGUUUUUAAACAUUUAAACUAUAUUUAUAGAGAGAGAGUCAUUUUAUAGUCUGAGAAUUCAUAGUACAUCAAGAUAAUGAAGAUUUAAUUAAAAAUAACAUAACUUGUGUACCAUUCUGCUCACCUCAGAGGUCAGUCUUACUGUCUGCUAGAUGAAGGUGAAGUUUCAGAGGGCCUUAUAUUAGUGAGUUCUUGGUUGCAAAUAUAAUACAACUUGUCAGUAGAAGACAUAAAUAAGUGGAAGUAAGUAAUAUUUAGGGAAUUUAAUUUAUAGGCAGAUUUCAAUCUGAAUUUAUUAAGUCAUAUAUAAGUAUUCUUUAAUGUAUUUACAUAUGAGCAGAUACAUAUCUUAAAUAGCUCAGCUGAAAAUUCUGGAAGGCUAUCAUCAUAGCAUGCUUAAACAUGGCCACUAAUGUGUACCCCUCAUGAUUCUGCUAGACUUACAUAGCUCAGACUCUUAUUGUCAAUGGUGAUUAUUUUUUUUAAGGGAAUUUGAAUCAUAACAUUUUAAGCACAGAAACUCUGAUUUGUUCCAUUUAAGAAAAGAUUUCAUGUAUAUGAAUAUGAUUAAAACCUUACAAUGUUUAUAAUAGAAACCAGAAAGAGGGAUAAUAUGAACACAGCUUUCUGGUCUCUUAGAAAGUCCUAAGGUUUGACUUCUCUCACUUUGAAAUUAAUCUUAAAAUCUGAACCCCUGAUACAGUGCCUCAUGUUCGUCUUACCCAGAAUCUUAACUUGGGGAAGUACAGAAGGACUGUGAUUGAAGAAUAAACUCUUGUUUAUAGUAAAAGUGGUCAUUUCUGUACUUAGAAUCUUAAGUCAAUGCUGUUACAUUUAAGUAAUAGAAGAGUCACGUGGUUUUCCUUUGUUUGAAAGCAUUGUUAUAAAAUAGCUCUUUGCAUCAGUGGGAGCAUCAUAAUUGUAAAUUCCUGCUGAUGGAGUCUGGGUUGGAGGGGUGACGGAGCAAGAAGUUGGCAAAGGGUAGGGGUGUGAAGGGCUAAAGGCUGAAUGGUCGUGGAAUCAAACCUUUCUGCUUCAUACAAGUUCCUGUGCUCCAGGGUCUCAGAGUGCAAGUGUUGGGAAUGUUUGCUACUUGUAUUUUCAAGGUGGAUAUACAGAUUGUUUCCAGAGGUAUGAAGACUUUAUCAGCGGUUCAUCCUAAAUUAAAUAAAUUGUCACCAACGUUUUUA